AUGUAUCACCUAAAUGUGACUACUGAAGAAAAGUGGAAUUUCCCUGGUUUGUGUGAACUUAAAAACCUCCAAGAGUUAGAUCUUAGUUGGAAUGAGUAUGAAGGAAUAUUUCCUUCAUGUGUUGCAAACAUGACAUCUCUUAGAUUGGUUGAACUCUCACACAAUACUUUCAUCAGAAGUAUUGCCUCCUCUCCACUUACGAAACUCACAUCGCUUGAAUAUAUCUCCAUUUCAAGUAACAACUUUCAAGUUCCAAUUUCUUUCAAGGCAUUCUUUAAUCAUUCCAACUUUAAUUUUUUAUUUUUGGAAAACAAUGAAAUAAUAAAUGACGAGUUGGGAAAUUUGGUUCCCAAUUUUCAACUAGAGGUUUUUAGUAUGCUAAAUUCAAGAGGUUGUCCAUCACUACCCAGCUUCCUUUACUAUCAAUCCAAUUUGAGAAUUCUUCAUCUCUCAAAUAAUAGCAUAGGAUGGAAUUUUCCAACUUGGUUGUUGGAAAACAACACAAGACUUAAGAGAUUAUACCUGAUGGAUAAUGCUUUUACAGGACCUCUCAAGUUGCCAACAAGCAUCAAUCCCAACAUGGAGAAUUUUGAUCUUGAGGGACCAAUCUCGGAGGAAAUUUGCAAUCUCGAUAAUCUUAGCCUCUUAGAUUUAUCUGAGAACAAGUUAUGUGGUUCAAUCCCAUAUUGCUUCAAUCCAUCAAGAAUACAUCAUGUCUACCUAAGCAAUAACCAAUUGGAGGGUGAGCUCACGUAUGCAUUUUAUAAUAGCUCUUCUUUGGUGUCAUUAGAUCUUAGAUAUAAUAAGUUCAUCGGAAAUAUCCCUCAAUCGAUUGGCAAUCUAUCACACCUAAGCAUUAUUCUUCUCAGCAAUAACCAUUUUGAAGGUACAAUUCCUCCCCAAUUUUGUGAGAUGGACCAACUAAGCAUGAUAGACCUUUCUUUUAAUUUUCUUUCUCGUCAAAUCCCACACUGCUUUGGUAACUUGACACUAGAGGUGACCGAGGAGAAGUCUGGAUGGGUUGAAGAAGUAUUCACUUCUUCACUUCAAACACUCUUGUCUUACAUGGAUGAGGUUGAAUUAGAAAUGGCUCGUCACGUUUUUUCACUCGAAACUGGAUUUUUCAGAUUAAAUGAUGUGCCAAUUACAGCGAAAUUCAUAACAAAGAGAAGUUCUUAUACUUACAAAGGUAGCAUCCUCAAUUACAUGUCAGGAAUUGAUUUGUCUUCUAAUAAAUUACAUGGUAAAAUUCCAGAUGGCCUUGGAAAUUUAAGUGGGAGGAUCCCCACUGAUCUGAUCAAGUUAAACGUUUUGGCAAUCUUUCGUGUGGCACAUAACAAUUUAGCAGGUAUGAUACCAGAGAAAGCCCAGUUUGGAACAUUUGAUGAAGGUAGAUAUCAAGGAAAUCCUUAUCUUUGUGGCCGUCCAUUACCUAACGACUGUACUAGCACCGGAUCAACACCAGUCUUGCCAACUGCUGAUGAUGAAAAUGAGGAGUGCAGUUUAAUGGACAUGGAGUUCUUCUACAUAAGCUUCAUCAUAUCUUAUUUAUCUGUAGUGUUUUGCAUUGCUACAGUUCUAUUCAUAAAUUCUCACUGGAGAAGAGCAUGUUUUCAUCUCAUUGAGGGAUCCUUUUUGGACUCUUCUUCUCCGGAUGCAAAUUUUCUUCAAAGCAUUGAGUAA